CUCACUACCAGUCAGUUGACUCACUGUACAAGACCUCUCCCCUUCACUCUGGAAGUACUCUUGACAAUAUCUUGAAAUAUAGUUUUUGGUUAUUUGUUUUUAGUCAUAAGUCAUAUACUUGAGGACUGCAGGGUGGGAGAUGCAACAAUGUCCUUGAGAACAGCAGGAAGUGUGUUGGUGGUCUUUCUCUGGUCUGUGACAGUGGUACUGGGUCAGGAUGGCUGGAGUGUUACAUACACCACUCAGAGUAUCUGUACCUUGAAGGGGUCAUCAGUGGAUCUGUUCUGCUCUUACACAUAUCCCAGAGGUAAAGUCACAACAACACUCUGGUUCACUAAAAUGGAGGCUGGUAUAGAACCUGAAGAUCUAGGUCAGGACCCAGAGUAUGCAGGUCGUCUGGAGUAUCAUGGGGAUAAGAAGAAAGACUGUACCCUGAAAAUCACAGACCUGAGAGAGAGAGACUCAGCAACGUACAAGUUCAGAUUACUAACAGAUCAGGAAGGAGGGAAAUAUUCUGGAAGUCCUGGAGUCACUCUGUCUGUCACAGGUCUUCAGGUGAAGGUGACUGGUGGACAUCAGGAUAAGACACUGACCUGUAUCACCACCUGUACUCUGACUGACAACCCCACCUACAUCUGGUACAAGAACGGACAACAUCUAGAUGAGAGCACCUCCCCCCAGUACAAAGACCCAGUCUCCAGUAACUAUGAAGACAGCUACUCCUGUGCUGUAAAAGGCCAUGAGGAUCUCCACUCUCCUGCAGUGUGUGUCCAGGGUCAGGACUGCAACACAGUGACUUACACCAAGAGGACAAUCUGUGUCUUGAAGGGGUCAACAGUGGACAUAUCCUGUACUUAUUUCAGUCUUCAUAACAUAACAUCAUCACUCUGGUUUAGUCCUAAACAGAGUGACAGCUGGAGGAAUGAGUUGAUCCCUGAGGACCUAACCACAGACCCAGGGUAUGCAGGUCGUGUGGAGUAUGUUGGAGAAAAGGAGAGAGGUCACUCCACCCUGAGAAUCACAGAUCUGAGAGAGGAGGACUCUGCUGAGUACAAGUUCAUAUUCAACACACAGAUAUCAAGAUGGGGACACAGUUUCCCUGGAACAACUCUGACUGUCACAGACCUGCAGGUGAAGGUGACUCCUGCCACAGAGGCAGGGAAGAGGACACUGACCUGUAUCACCACCUGUACUCUGACUGACAACCCCACCUACAUCUGGUACAAGAACGGACACAAAGUAAAGGAGGACACUUCCAGACUGUACUCAGACUACUUUAGUGAUGCAGACAGUUACUCCUGUGCUGUAAAAGACCAUGAGGAUCUCCUCUCUCCAGCAGAGUGUAAGAAGUGUUGGAGUGUGACUUACACCCAUCAGAGUAUCUGUGCCUUGAAGGGGUCAACAGUGGACAUAUCCUGCUCUUACACAUAUCCCAGUUACCAUGAGAUCAAACAAGCUUUCUGGUUUACUAAAUGGUCUGGUAAGGAUGCUGAAGAUCUGAGCUCAGUGCCAGGGUAUGAGGGUCAUAUAGAGUACCUUGGGGAUAAGAAGAGUGACUGUACACUGAGGAUCACAGACCUGAGAUUGAGUGACUCUGCUGGGUUCAGGUUCAGAUUCAUAACAUCUGGAGGAAAGUUUUCUGGCUCACCUGUCUCCCUGACUGUCACAGAUGUUGUGUUGGAGAUGGAUCCUACAUCUGUGUCAGAGGGAGAGAGAGUCACACUGAGAUGUAGAACCAACUGUACACUGGACCCCAUCACAGCCUUCAGCUGGUAUAAGAAUGGACAGUCUAUACCAAACAGCAACACCUACUCUCCUGUCUAUAUCCUUUUCUCAGUCAGCAGUGAGGAUACAGGCAGAUACUCCUGUUCUGUAGAAGGACAUGAGGAUCUCCCCUCUUCUGAAGAGACUCUCAAUGUCACAUAUGGUCCAUGGAACACCUCAGUGUCAGUCAGUCCCUCUGGUGAAAUAGUGGAGGGCAGUUCAGUGACUCUGACCUGCAGCAGUGAUGCCAACCCACCUGUGGACAAAUACACCUGGUACAAGAAGAACGUAACCUCACCAAAAGCAUCAGGACAGAGUUACAACAUCACUAACAUCAUCUCUGAGGACAGAGGAGAAUAUUACUGUGAGGCCCAGAAUGGAAGAGGAUCUAUGAACUCUUCAGCUCUGAUGAUCAUUGUAGCAGGGAAACAGACCUCAGUUCUGACUGCAGCUGUAGGACUCAUAGUGGUUGUUCUGGGUGUCAUACUGGCUUCAUGUCUCUCUAGACUCAUGUGGUUCAGGAAGAAGGUCUCCAAAACCACCUCUGACACAAGACACACGACAGGCAAUGGACAGGGAGACUCUAGUCCAGUGUAUGACAACAUCUCAGGCAUGGCCUUCACCCCUACUGCAGCACAGACAGCGGCCACCGUCGACCAAGAUGACAUUCACUACGCCAGCGUCCACGUCUCUCACUCCAAAAACCAGGAAGUGCCUCUGUACUCCACCGUCCAAGUGCUUCAGCCCCAGAAAGAGGAUGAGGAUGUCCAGUACGCUGCUGUGAAUUUCAACCUCCCCAGUGCUGCCACCUGGUCCACGGUGGAACAAGCAGCUGAGGAGGAUCCCUCUGUUCUCUACAGUACAGUCAACAAACCCAGAACCAAGAAGACCUGAACACAACAAACCCAGAACCAAGAAGACCUGAACACAACAAACCCAGAACCAAGAAGACCUGAAAACAACAAACCCAGAACCAAGAACUGAAAACAACAAACCCAGAACCAAGAACUGAAAACAACAAACCCAGAACCAAGAACUGAAAACAACAAACCCAGAACCAAGAACUGAAAACAACAAACCCAGAACCAAGAACUGAAAACAACAAACCCAGAACCAAGAACUGAAAACAACAAACCCAGAACCAAGAACUGAAAACAACAAACCCACAACCAAGAAGACCUGACAAAUCCAGAACCAAGAACUGAAAACAACAAACCCAGAACCAAGAACUGAAAACAACAAACCCAGAACCAAGAACUGAAAACAACAAACCCAGAACCAAGAACUGAAAACAACAAACCCACAACCAAGAACUGAAAAC